CUUGUUUACAGCAGAGAUCCCACGGAGGAUCGCGGACCCGCAACGCUGCGUUAACUCAGGGCGAACCGCAGAACUCCAGCCUCUGGAUCCACACGCGCAACGGGACCCUCUGUUUGCGGUCUUCUUCUUUUAAAAAAAUCUUUUAACAAACCCCCCCCACGAGGAUUACAGAGAAAACCCGCAUAAAGGGCAACUCCUUGUGGACACGUUUCUCCCUCUCCAAACCCCAGCCGAGGUCGCGUGUGACGCCGAGGAGCUGGAGACACGUCUGGUGUUUUCCUACUCCGACCCGAGGAGAGCAAAUUGGUGUUUUGGGGUUUUCAUUCAUUUUCCACCUCGCGGCCACCACCCUGUGGAUCUGGACGUGUUUUCGGCCCCGGUCCUUCCCUCAUACACAACAACCGCAGGGGGGUUGGUGUUAGAAACACUGGCGUUAAUUUAUUAUGGUGGAAAAGGCUGCCACGGAUAACAUUUAGUGGGAUAUCUGUUGUACCGUCAGUGUCGGGCCUGAUUGCAUUGUAAGCGCACUGCUGUUUACAAGAGAUGGAGACUGAAGAUGGGGAUUACCAUCAUUUAUCCAGUAAAAUCACUGGCUCGUGUGCCAUACUAGCCGACGUCAAAGUAUCCCGUGAUUGGCAAAAAUAACAAAACUGUUUUAGGCUUUUUUUAUCCUUCAGAGGAAUAUCUUGUUCCUGCGAUUUUGUAAACAUUUAUUCAUAUUUUUCAGAGUAAACCCUGGAAGCCACGCAUUUGCGGGCUAUCUUGGGCUACAGACAUUUUUUUCCCUCCAUAUUCUUUGCAGGGCUGGUGUGUACAAUUAUUUAAUUUCAAUUCCAUCCCUGCUUUUUAUUUUCAAACGGAGAAUGAUGUUGAAGAACAUGAGCUGUGGCACACGGAUGCGCAGCGCGACCUUGUUUUGGGGGCUGCUCUCCUUCUCUACUAUCUGCAUCUGGUCCACACAUGGAGAGAUCUGUGGUCCGAGUAUCGACAUCCGCAAUGACAUUGAGGAGUUUAAGCGGCUGCUGAACUGCACGGUGGUGGAAGGCUACCUGCAGAUCCUCCUCAUCAACGACAAGACCAACAACAUCCAGCAGGAGGCCUUUCGCUCCCUCUCCUUCCCAAAGCUGACCGUCAUCACCGACUACCUGCUGCUGUUUCGCGUCUCGGGCCUGGACAGUCUGAGCAUGCUCUUCCCCAACCUGAGUGUCAUAGGGGGGCGAAAUCUCUUCUACAACUACGCCCUGGUGAUCUACGAGAUGACCAGCCUGAAAGACAUAGGCCUGUACAGCCUGAGAAACAUCACUCGAGGAGCGCUGCGGAUCGAGAAGAACCCUGAGCUCUGCUACCUGGACUCCGUGGACUGGUCUCUUAUUAUGGACGCCGAGUUUAACAACGUCAUCAAUGGGAACAAGAAGGCAAAGGAGUGCGACAACGUCUGCCCAGGCAUCAUGGAGGAUAACCCUUUUUGCCGCAGGACGUCGUUCAAUGACAACCUCGACUACCGCUGUUGGACCUCCAGUCAGUGCCAGAAAGUAUGCCCCGAACACUGCAAGCUGGCCUGUACAGACCAGGGGGAGUGUUGCCACAGCCAGUGCCUGGGCAGCUGCACCGAACCCAACAACGACAUGGCGUGCUCCGGCUGCCUCCACUACUACCACGAGGAUCGCUGCGUGCCGUACUGUCCCCCAGACACCUACAAGUUUGAGGGCUGGCGCUGCAUCACCAUGGACCUGUGCUCCCAAGUGCACCUGCCCGGCGAUACUCCCUUUGUCAUCCAUGGGGGAGAGUGCAUGCUCGACUGCCCCUCUGGCUUCACGCGAGAGGCAAACCGUAUGUUUUGCACUCCCUGCAAUGGCCUGUGUGAUAAGGUCUGCACGUCGCCCAUCAUCGACUCGGUGAACGCUGCUCAGUCCCUGAAGGACUGCACCAUCAUCGAAGGCAAUCUGGACAUCAAUAUCCGCCGUGGAAAUAACAUAGCGUCUGAGCUGGAGAGCUUCAUGGGGUUGAUCCAGACAGUGACGGGCUACGUGAAGAUUCGGCACUCCCACGCCCUCGGCUCGUUGUCCUUCCUCAAGAGCCUGCGUUACAUCAGUGGCCAGGAACUCAUCGACAACAUGUAUUCGUUUUCGGCCAUAGACAACCAGCACCUGCAGUACUUGUGGGACUGGAAUCAACACAACCUGACUAUUGAGAAUGGACGUCUCUUCUUUCGUCUGAACCCCAAACUCUGCAUGAUUGAGAUCCACAAUAUGUGGGAGAAUACGGGCAUUGCCGUGAAGCCAGAGAAGGGAGAUUUCCGUAACAACGGUGAACGAGCCAGCUGUGAAAGUCAUGUCUUGAAGUUCAAGUCUAACAUCACUACGAGCCACAGCAUGAGGCUGACAUGGGAGCGCUACGCGCCGCAGGGCUACAGUGACCUGAUCAGCUUCGUAGUCUACUACAAGGAGUCCCCGUUUCAGAACAUCACGGAGUUUGACGGACAGGAUGGCUGUGGCUCAAACAGCUGGCACAUGGUGGAUGUGGAUUUGCCUCAGGAUAAAAUCAAUGACCCUAAAGUCAGUCUUCAACAACUGAAGCCCUGGACCCAGUACGCUAUUUUUGUGAAGGCCAUCACCCUCCAGGUGGAGAACAAACACAUUACUGGAGCAAAGAGUGAUAUCAUCUACAUCCGCACACGCCCAUCACCGCCGUCUAUGCCCAAAGAUGCCCGGGCGUAUGCCAACUCCUCAACCACGUUAAUGGUAAAGUGGUCGCCCCCAGCCUUCCCCAACGGCAACCUCACGUACUACCUGGUCCGAUGGCAGCAGCAGCCCGAGGACAGGGAGCUCUACCAACAUAACUACUGCUCCAAAGAACUGAAGGUCCCGAUCCGUCUCCCAGGCACAGGGUUCACGGACAUGGAGGACAACACCAAGCCCACCAAGUCAGACCUAGCAGGCGGAGACAAGGGCCCAUGCUGUAAAUGCCAGAAGACGCCUGAGGAGAAGGACAGGGAGAAGGAUGACCGCGUCUUUUUGAAAAUCUUUGAGAACUUCCUUCACAACGCCAUCUUUCUGCCGAGGCCGCCAGAUCGUCGACGUAGAGAUGUGUUUGGCUCGGCUAACGACACGCUGCUCCAUCACGGUGUCGGCAGGGGAAACUCCACCAUUGGUCCAGAGGAUAACAGUACCGAUGGUAUUCCUCCAAUCAGGGAGUUCCCCUUCUCAGAGGACAAGAGCACAGCCGAAUAUUUAGAGAUCCUCAACUUGCGACCCUUCACUGUCUAUCGCAUCGAUAUCCAUGCAUGUAACGAAGAGGUCGGGCGCUGCAGCGCUGGAGCCUUUGUCUUCUCCCGGACCAAACCGGCAGGCAAAGCAGACGACAUCCCUGGAAAAGUGACCAAUGGGAGAAGUGACAAGGUUGAAGGUUGUGUGGUUCUGCACUGGCCGGAUCCCUUCAUGCCCAACGGUCUCAUCCUGAUGUAUGAGAUCAAGUUUCGUCUGGGGACAGAGCCUGAGAAACACGAGUGUGUGUCACGGCAGCAGUACCGCCUGUACCAAGGAGCCCGGCUGACCAACCUGGGCUCGGGGAAUUACUCUGCUCGCGUGCGUGCCACUUCACUUGCAGGGAACGGCUCCUGGACAGACAGAGUGUUCUUCUACGUGCCUCCACCCAAACGAGAUGAUGGUGUGGCGUUCUAUUUGGUCAUCAUAAUUCCCAUCAUAGUGACACUUUUCAUCGCCACCCUCACCACGGUUGUCUUCUUUGUGAACAAAAAGAGGAAUAGCGACAGACUGGGGAAGGGAGUCCUUUAUGCGUCUGUCAACCCUGAGUACUUCAGUGCUGCUGAAAUGUACGUCCCAGAUGAGUGGGAGGUGGCCAGAGAGAAGAUCACGAUGCACAAGGAGCUGGGCCAGGGCUCCUUUGGCAUGGUGUACGAAGGACUCGCCAAGGGAGUGGUCAAGGACGAACAGGAGACGCGAGUGGCCAUCAAGACGGUCAACGAGUCGGCCAGCAUGAGGGAGCGUAUCGAGUUUUUGAACGAAGCCUCUGUGAUGAAGGAGUUCAACUGUCACCAUGUGGUGCGGCUGCUGGGCGUGGUCUCUCAGGGACAGCCGACCCUGGUGAUUAUGGAGCUGAUGACGCGAGGAGAUCUCAAGAGCCACCUGCGCUCUCUGCGCAAAGAAGUAAGCAAACGCCACCAGCCAGGUCCUACCCCCGCUCAAAAGAUGAUCCAGAUGGCAGGGGAAAUUGCCGACGGCAUGUCGUACCUAAAUGCCAACAAAUUUGUCCACAGAGAUCUGGCUGCCAGAAACUGCAUGGUAGCUGAGGACUUCACUGUGAAGAUCGGAGAUUUUGGCAUGACCAGAGAUAUUUAUGAGACGGAUUACUACAGAAAAGGAGGAAAGGGCCUGCUGCCAGUCCGCUGGAUGUCUCCAGAGUCGCUGAAAGAUGGCGUGUUCACUACAAUGUCUGACGUUUGGUCGUUUGGUGUCGUGCUGUGGGAGAUCGCCACCUUGUCAGAACAGCCUUACCAGGGCAUGUCCAAUGAACAAGUUCUGCGCUUCGUCAUGGAGGGGGGCCUCUUGGACAAACCUGACAACUGCCCUGACAUGCUGUUUGAGCUGAUGAGGAUGUGCUGGCAGUACAAUCCCAAGAUGCGGCCGUCCUUCCUGGAGAUCAUCAGCAGCAUCAAAGAGGAUCUGGACCCUCCCUUCAGGGAAAUGAGUUUCUUCUUCAGCGAGGAGAACAAGCCUCCCAACACCGAGGAGCUGGACAUGGAGGUAGAAAACAUGGAGAACAUUCCACUGGACCCCGCGCCCACCAGGCAGCCCCCCACUACUGCUGCCACCGCACCUUCGUCGGGAUGCGUGGUCGGAGGCACGCCGCCCCCCGCCGCCCAGCAGUUAUCCCCCAUGCAAGGCCCGGGCACUCCCUUAUUGGGACCCAUGUCCCCCACCUCCCCUGGCCAGGUGGCCUCGACGUCUCUGGGCCAAGCCUCGGACAAGCCCUCGGGACACGUUUCGGCCAACGGGCCGGCGGUGGUGCUACGGCCCAACUUUGAUGAGUUGCAGCCGUACGCGCACAUGAACGGGGGCAGAAAGAACGAGCGCGCGUUGCCGCUGCCCCAGUCGUCGGCCUGGUGAUGUCAGACCAGCCCCUCGUCCUCCUUUUCUCCUCUCGCACAGGGUUACUCAAACCCCUCCUCCGUCUCUUAAGGAGGUCGGUGUGAAAGGUGAGAAACGACUCUCUUCUGCUGGCUUCCAGUAGAUGGUCUCUCCAGUCCUUGAAGCUCUAGAGUCUGAGGAAAAGUAGAGAGACCUGCUAAAGCAUUUAGGAUUUUGGUGGCUGGGACUCGACACGGAGGAGCUCCUUCCUGUGCCGCCUGUGUCGUUGUUAUAUAAGUCCGUUGAGAAGAAAAACAUUACAGGCAUGUUCCCUGACAUACACAUUUAGACAGGAAAUUAUUGUAAUUUUUUCAGCUUAUCUGCCAGCAAAUCCAACAGAAGAGCACUUUUUUCUGGGUGUGUCUUUGUACAGAACACGUGAUUCUAAUAAGGCUCCAUUACUAAAAGACAUUCAUUCAAAAUUACUUUUUAAUUGCAUGAGCGGGCCGGCUCGUGUCUUGCGAGAAGGCCUCCAUCAGAAAGUUUGGACUAAAAGGGGGGCCUCUUGUGUAUCUGCCAAACUAUUGCCAAAUUAAGGUUCUUCUUCAGUUUCAAACAGGUCUCCCUCCUUUUCGGCUGUGGCUCAGAGUUGAGACGGCUGGUAGACUGCAGGAUUCAUGCUGGUGAGGGUCGUGGGGUGGGACGGUGUCACUGUUAGGGAAGCCUGCAUUCAUUCACGCAGUUCAAAAGUUUUUACAGCAUCUGCUUCUGGGGUUGGAAGAAAUCUAGCAAGACAUGAGAGACUUGGAGGAGAAACAGGACACUCGAGUGAUUUGUGUGAAAAGGGGCCAACGCAAAAGCACGGCUGUUUGAUUUAGAAUUUUGAAAUGUAACCAGUGGCCUUUUUUAAUCAAAUUUAAAGUUUAUGUUUUUUUUUAAUCUAUUGAAGCAAUAUUGGUUAACAGGAAAUUCAUUAAAAAUAACGGCAAUGUCUAUUUUAUUUCAAACCAUUAGUAAAUUUACAAGUAAUCUGCAAUUCAUUUGGUAAUCAAUUAAAGGCCUUCUUCUUCUUUUUUUAGCAAAAACAUGGCCAGACUGUCUGUCCUUAUUUUGGUGAAGAAAAUCUAGACAAAGUACCACACGUUUCACAAAGUCACUGGACUUCCUAAUCAAGGAAUAUGAAUGUGCCUCCACAUAGAGACAAAGCUUUUUGACCUCUUUAAAACAGUGCAUUUAUUUUGGGAGGUGGAACAUUUUACUCUCUGACACUGCUGUUCCAAUGAAAUGGCACCAAAUAUUCCGUGACGAACAGAAACAUGAGAAAUUGAUUUUAGUAGCCGAGAGACGACUUUUCAACAGGUCUCCUUUAGAACAGUCAUUAGUUUCUCUAUAUUUCAAACACAUAUAAAGGUCUCACAGUUGUAUUUUAGACUGCAGGAUAAUUUGUAUACACAUUAUUGGUUUUGUCACUUUUUUAAACCUUUUUACAGUUCAAAAUGUUUGCCUCUAUGUCUGUAGAGAACAAAGCUGCUAUUUUAUUCUUUUUCUCUUGUGCAUAUAUGCAUAUAUAUAUAUAUAUAUAUAUAUAUAUAUAUAUAUAUAUAUAUAUAUAUAUAUAUAUAUAUAUAUAUAUGUAUAUAUAUAUGCAUAUAUAUACACACACAUACAUAAAUCCUUCAGGUUUGGUAUUUCAUGGUCUCCACUAUAGUCCAUUUCUUAUAUCUUCAAUCUGUUUAAAAAAACAAAAAGCAACAAAAAACAUAAUUUUCUGUUAGCCCAAAUGUUUUUCUGUAACACUAUUUUGUUCAUUGCCUUUUAUUUUUAUGAAAUAUUUUCUCCUGCAUUUGUUUGUUGUCUAUAUUAUUAUUAUUAUUAUUUGGAAUAGAGACCUUAGCUCGAUGUGUGAGUGUGUACUUUCUGCACCCCUUGUGUACUAGCACUGCGCCUAGCGUUGCCCUACGUGCGACUCAAUCUCAGGUUAAAGUAAAGGCUUUGCUUUUUCCACACAUUCUCAUGAUCGUCCUCUACUUGGCUCAACGUAACCCCCCCAACCCCUUCAUGUUGUGUUGAGUCCAGUAGUGUCCCCCUCUCUCUCUCUUUUCCCUCUAUGCCUCCUUUUUGAGUCAAUGCGAGAUGAAUUUACACCUGAUCUGGUAUUUUAACCCAUCCAUUUCUUCAAUCAAUAAUUGGGUUGUCUUUUAAGCGUUAAUUAUGCCAACCAUCCCUCAAAAUAUAUAUUUUUUCUCCCUAUUUUGUAUUACUUCAGGCUCAAUAUAAGACUACUUCUGCUAAUGUUACUUCAUCGCAACGGAUCUUAUUGUUUGUCUUUGUGAUCUCUGCUUCUGAAAACCAAAUAACGGAUGGGUUAAAGGCAGAUGAAGUUCAGGAAAGGGAAGACAUUUCACUUUCGUGAAUAGAAAAGCGUCUUAAAUGGAGGCUGAAUGAAGGAUUUCUCCUUCUCUAUUUGGAAAUGUUGCCUUGUUAUUUCCUCCCCUCUAUUUGAAGUUUUUAUUUUCUCUGUAGGAGUGUUAUUUAUUGAUUUUUUUCUAUUUUAUUUUACCUCUUGUGAUAUCAGUUUAAAUCACUGUAUAAAUGCCCCAUGAUUCAGUAUAAAGUUUUUUUUUGUAUUUUUGUAUGUAUUUUCUUUGGUGUCAUGACUGGGGGACUUACAGUUUUAUUUUCUUAUUUUCCUUCAAGUACAUAUCUACCUCACUCUUUUUAAAUCAACGUAUUUGUAACACAAGUGAAUCUCACUUCCAUUGGUAUGUAUAGAAACCUCAUCUGGAUGAAUCCCACGGGGAUCUAGAUAAACCUCACAAAGUCAACCUGGAAAAGAGAUGGAAUAUCUUUUGUUGCGAUUUCAGUCCACCGACUUCAUGCCCAGUUUACAAAAUGUAAGUUUCUGUCUCUGACAAGACAUAAGAGAGGACUUCAGUGCGCUUUAGUUCUCUGCAGAAUAAAUUGGUGUUGGGUAUUUUACGUGACUAUGUCAACAUAACCUUUCAUUUGACCGGAUACAUUUUUAAAAAACGGCACAGGUGCAGUUUAAGAGACCAGGGCUCAACAUCAACAACAAAUAUUCCGUCUCCACUGAUUACCAACAUAAUUCCACAACCUUAAAAUCAUCAAAAGACAGAAACCUAGUGUUACGGCAUUUAAAACAAAUCAAAAAUGUAUUUAUAUAGAAGCCCCAACAGUUAUAAUGGGGAAUAUUUAAAAAGGGAAUGUUUUAUUGACCUCCAGGAAAAACAAUAUAUUGGCUAAAAAAAAACCUCACAUCCAGAUGCCAUUCACACAAAUAUGAUAUUCUGUUACAGUACGUAUAUGGAUGAGUUAUGUGAUGUAACAAGCAGCAGACAGGUAGCAGCAUUUCCACCUGCAUGUUACUAUUGUAGAAAUACACCAUUUCAAUAAUUAUUUAGUCAUCGUUGGAUUACAUCCUUUUUAACAUGUAAACAGCAUCACAUCCCCUGUGUAAUUAUUUUCUGAAUACCAUAAGAUGAGAACUGUAGACAUCCUUCCCUGGCAUUUCCAUCAUUACGAUGCCUAUUUCUACUCCUACCUACACUAAUGCUACUGGUUGAAAUGAUCACAUCAGUGGAGCUUAUAUUGUUGUCAAAACUGUUGAGUGGGAAAAUGGCUAAAGAAGUGUUUAUAUAUUUAACUUCCAUUAAAAACGUAACUUUUACUCACAGCGGCUACUUGGAGAGGACUGUCUCAGUGCGAGGCUUCUGGGCUGGAGGCGAAGGAUCUUGAAAUGAUUACCCACAAGCAAAAGACAAAAAAAGAAUGGAUUAUUGAUAACAUAAUGUCAAAUCUAUGUCCUGAAUUAAGGUUGUUCUCAAACCUUCUAUCCGUGUAAGAUUUUAAGCGAAUCAAAGAGUAAAGUAUUUUUGGUUGGGGAGACCGCCUGAUUACUGCUAAAAUCGCCACUGAGCAGCCAACGGCUCGUGUGGUCCCUUUACAUAUCUGUGCAUAUAUGUAUUUCCAUUUGGAUGUAAGCAAUGAUGAAAUACAAAACUUUCAGUUCGUAUGAGUAGACAUCACAUCGACCUUUUGUGAGGUGAAUUACUGGUUACAAUUGAAUCAGAAACCUGUCACUUAAAUAACGGGUGUUCUGCGUAGAUUAUGGGUAGUCAUGGUUAACAGUACAACAACAUGAUUAGAGAAAGAUGAUAGGUCUAGGUUUACAGCAUCACAUAGUUGCUUUGUGCAUUGCCAGAUUUCAGUGUAAAGACACAAUAACUAACUUAAAACACAUUCAACUUUAGUCAUCUUUAUCAUUUUUAUUCUUCUGAAUGCAGAGCUUAGGUUUAUGCAUUCACACUGCAAUAAUAAGUUUGAGGUUUAUCAUUAUCAUGCCUCUGUUUUUAGGAGUUGCAUUCCUAUACCUUUUGAGGGGGCCUUGAUUUACUGCUAGUAUUUUAUUACAACUUCACAAAAUCUGUGUUCAUUACCUGAUUGGGUAAAAAAAAAGCUUCACUAGACUGUCUUUUUUCAAGCUCUCUAAGGCCUCAAAGGUUCUUUCGCACCUAUAACUGAGAUGGCGUAUUUUGACCCGCCAUCUCCAAAUGUGUAUCUGAGAUUUUCUUGUAUUUUCUUUUUUUCUGAGAUUUUGAAUAAAUAAAUGAAUAAAAAAUGU